UGGAAAUCCAACGCGGCAAGGCCAGGGCAGCAAGAUUUCCCGGAAGGCGUCUCCCGGCAGGGUCCAGGAUCUCCUUAAAGGAUCCCUGGCCUCUUUAGUGAACCUAGGAGACAGCCUGCCUCUUUCCCCAGGAUGUUCACUGUGACAAAGGCUGUUGAGGAGGUUCUUCUCCGGCACUUCAUUCAGACGAAGCUGGACAUCGCCUAUGCCAUCAUCAAGCCUUUCCCUUUCUUUGAAGCCCUCCGAGACCACUGCUUCAUCACUGAAAAAAUGUACAAGGAAUCUCUGGAAGCCUGUCAGAAUCUGGUCCCUAUAUCCAGAGUGGUGCACAAUGUUCUCACCAAUUUGGAGCAGACUUUCCACCCAUCAUUGCUGCUGACAUUGUUCAGCCAAGUCAACCUGCGUGAAUACCCCAGCCUGGGGGAAAUUUUCAGAAGCUUCAAAAAUGUUGUUACUGCCUAUGAAGGAAAUAAGAGAAGUGCACAGACCCUACCCAGAGCCCCAGCUGUCCCAGCAGAAGGGCGCACUUUCCAGACUCUGCUGCCACUGCCCCCACCACAACCAUUUCCACCAAGCCAUCUGUCCUCUGCACCAAGAGUCGGUGAGCCCCGAGCAGCCUCACAGCAAAUCACUGAGAUCCUGGAUGAGCAGCCCAGUCCUUCUCACCCAGCUGUGCCUCCCCCUGGCUUCAUGCAGGAAGGAAAGACCACUCCAGCUGCCUGUAACAACUUAACAGCUACAACAGAUGAGGAAGCAGACUCAGAAAGGACGUGCAGCACUUCCUCUGACACUGGGCAAGCAUCCUCCAUGGACCCCCAGAGAAAUGAUAAAGAUGACUCUCCAGAGAUACCCAACAGUCUGCCAGGCCCCAAACCAGUGAUCAAAGGCAGCUUUACAUCCAAGGUUAAGGAAAAAGAAGACUCAGGAGGGCCUCCUGGUUCCCCUGGUGCUGUGCAAGCGGCAAAAAAUGAUUCUCUAGCACGAAAUGACCUGGAAGUGGCCCAGGAAGCACCCAGCUCUCCUGCAAAGCAGAAAGAGGAUUCUCCAGCACCAGAUGACCUGGAAAUGCCCCUGGAAGCAACCAGUGCUUCUGCAAAGCAGAAAAAGGAUUCUCCAGCUCCAAAUGACCUAGAAAUGGCCCAGGAAGAAACCAGUGCUCCUGCAAAGCAGAAAGAGGAUUCUCCAGCACCAGAUGACCUGGGAAUGGCCCAGGAAGCAACCAGCACUCCUGCAAAGCAAAAAGCAAAAAAAAGGAAAAGAGACAUCUGGUCAAUACCCAAAAGAAGACGUCCGAAGAAAAGACCCACACAAGGGGUGGCCUCACCUGGACAAGGAGUCCAGAAGAAGCUCAAAGUGGUGGAUCAGAGGACUCAGAGGAAGAAUGACUCUACCAGGAACUUGAAGAUGGUGACCAGGUCUCAGAAGGCAAGGACUAGACGUUCAGAUAUCCAGAGCACAGGAUAAGGCUGCGGUGGGACCUGCCAUUGGGAAGGCUCAGUAUGGCAGGGUCCCUUAGAGCUGGCACAGGGGUGGGGAGAUUCAUGAAUUCAAUAUUAAGAGAGAGAAAGGAUGAGGAUGGGGGUGAGAGGGGGCAAAGAGAGGCAACGUCUACUGUGGCUGAGGAGUUUUUGUUAAAGAAACAUAACCACAGGUCAUAAGAUCAUAGCCACAGGUCAUCACAGCUGUGACCUAAGGCAGAGAAAGGGUCUCCACCCUUUAGAUUUUACAACCUUAAAGAUAACUAAGAACUUCCAAAGGUCUGUGUCUGUGUUGUUUAUGUCUACCUAUUUGUACAUUGUUCAUAGCUAAACCCAAUAAUUAAAAACUUUUUACUUAAAGUGAAA